CUGCUGCGUUUGAACACAUGUGCGUCUGAGGCUCCCUCUGUUCCCAGUCCAGAGAGAGCGGGGGCUUGUGUGUUUCUAAUUGGCCUUUGAACAAAACUGCCUGUUUCCGGUGUUCUGUGGGACACAGAGAGCGUGUGUAGUGAUUUCGGGAGGCUCCUCCUGUAGGCAUCUCGCAGGAUGUGUGAAUAGGAGAAGCCCACAUCGGCUUCACACUCGGCCGAGUGAAGACCAGCCUCAGUGGAGGAGCAGCAGAGGAGCAACACUGAGGAGUUUCUGUCUUUAACAGAGACACACACACAUACACACACACAGAGGAGUUUCUGGUUCUUCAUCAUCUCUAUUCAAAGCAUGGGCACAGAGGGGAAUAAGCCGAAGACCUACGUGUCCACCUUCAGACUGGCCAUCAAACCUCAAAGCCGACCCGUCAGCGCACAGAGGUCAGAACAGCCGAACGGACUGGGAGCUAGAAAUGUGUUGUCGAUGGGAAACAACAAGCCGGGAAUGUCGUCUGCAACAGAAACCAGAUGGACACCAGCACAGAGCCUUGCAGCACCCCACUUCAAGGAACCGCUCCGGGACUGUACCGCGUGGGAAGGAAGUGAUGCCAAAUUCCAAGCAGUUAUCACAGGAAGUCAGCCUCUGACUACUUCCUGGCAACACAAUGGCAAGAAGAUGCUUUUGAGCAAGACGUCCUUCAAAAGUGGCGUGGCCUCUCUGGUUCUGAGUCACUGUUUACCUGAAAAUGCUGGGACGUACACCUGCACAGCUGAGAACAGUGCUGGGAAACAGUCGUGCAGUGCUGUGUUACAUGUCAAAGGAACACCAACAAAGGAAAUCCACAGAACAAACAACUGCGAGCGGAAGAGAAAGGUUGAGUGCAAGCCGACAGCAGGGGAACACACAGAACCACUUUCGGUUUGUAAAGACAUCAGAGACCUCAGCCUUCAAACAAAAACCCCUGUUCGCAAAGGACCUGCUGUGGAGUUUGUUGACCCUCCUGAGCAGGUGGAGGCCCGGUUGGGAGAGCAGGCCCGGCUCCUCUGUGAGUUCAGGAGCAGCUGUGUCCCUGUGGCCUGCUGCUGGAUUUAUAACAGAGACAAAGUGGUAGUUGGAAGUUCACGCAUGUCUGUCAUGAAUGGUAAAACGCAGAGCAGCGUGGAGAUUCCUCAGGCCUGCAUGGAGGACACCGGCUCCUACACGGUCAUGGUUCGAAACCGAGAAGGCUCUGCACAGCACACGGUCUCCCUCAGCGUCAUAGACCGGCCCGAUCCUCCUGCGUCCCACCCUGUUGUUUCCAAACUGUCCUGCAGGUCUUUGGUUUUGUCCUGGACCGGUCCCAGCUACGAUGGGGGCACCGCAGUGCUGGGCUACAUCAUAGAGGUGAGACGGGACGACCUGGGAAAGUCAGGGAACUGGACCGAGAUAACAAACAACUGCAAAAACACAUCGUACCACGUCCGCUCCGGCCUGGAGCCUCAGGGCAAAUACCACUUCAGGGUCAGAGCUUACAACUCUGUAGGGGUCAGUGAACCCAGCCAGGAGUCUGACUGUGUGGAGAUGGCAAUGUCGAAGACAAAGAAGGAAGAGCCCGAGACGUACGUCAUAGUUGACACACAGCACAAGGUCAAAGAUCACUAUCAUGUUCAUGAAAAGCUGGGAGUUGGGAAGUUUGGUCAGGUUUUCCGGAUGUCCCAUAAAGAAAGUGGUGAAGUGUGCGCCGGAAAGUUCUAUCAAGCUCGGACUUCCAAGGACAAAAAGGCAGCUCGCAAGGAAAUGGAACUCAUGAACUUCCUCCAUCAUCCAAAGAUUGUUCAGUGUCUGGCUGCCUACGACACGCGGUCAGAGAUGGUCAUGGUCAUGGAAUACAUCGCAGGCGGAGAGCUUUUUGAACGCAUCGUGGAUGAGACCUUUGAGCACACGGAGCCCACCAGCGCCCGCUACAUGCAGCAGAUCCUGGAGGGCAUGCAGUACAUUCACAAGCAGAACAUAGUCCACCUGGACCUCAAGCCAGAGAACAUCGUCUGCGUAGACACAACGGGGACGAGGAUCAAGAUCAUCGACUUCGGCUUGGCGAGUAAACUGGAGAAGGAUAAACCUCUGAUGGUGAUGCACGGCACACCGGAGUUCGUGGCGCCAGAGGUGAUCAACUACGAGCCUGUGGGCGUGGAGACAGACAUGUGGAGCAUCGGGGUCAUCUGCUACAUCCUGUUGAGCGGAGAAUCUCCUUUUCAGGGAAACAGCGACGCUGAGACCUUUGCCCUCGUGACCGCGGCCAAAUUUGAGUUUGACCAGGAAAGUUUCGAGGACAUUUCCGAUCAAGCUAAAGACUUCAUUAGUUCCCUGCUGCAAAAAGACUCCAGAUCCAGGCUGUCCUGUACCGAGGCGUUGGCCCACCCCUGGAUGGUGUCCUUCACCCCCCUCACCCGCAGACCCACUAAAUCUCUGAGGAAGGAGAAAAUGAGACGCUUCCUGGCCAAACGCAAGUGGAAGAAAACCGGCAAGGCUGUUUUGGCCCUGCAGCGGAUGACUAACCUCUCCAGCAGGCCAGACUCUCCCGGCAGCUCCUCAGAGGACCAAAGCUGGAGCCAGGAGGCAGAGGAGGCCAUUCAGUCUCUGGACAGGCAGCUUCAGUGUGAGCCCAGUUUCCAGCAGGUCCUGAGGGACGUCACGCUGCCGAGAGGAGCAACUGCUCAGUUCAAAUGUCGCAUCAAUGGUUACCCACAGCCAAAGGUGACGUGGCUUCACAAUGACAAACUAGUGCCUGAAUCCAGCAGAGUGAGCAUGGAGAAGGACGAGGACGGGUUCUGUUCUCUGGUUCUGGCUGAUCUGGAACUCUCUGACUCUGGAGUGUACAUGUGUCGGGCCAGCAACAAGCUGGGAGCAGCCUCCUGCUCUGCUAAACUUAAAGUGGAAAUGUAACCCAGAGGAACACGCAGGUUGUACACCGCAGAAGCUGAGAACCUUCUUCACCUCGAGGCGGCUUUUUCACCAAGGAGUGACUAAUGUUUCGUUGCAUGAAGGGACACUCUCUCACACACACACACACAGUCUCACACGGGUGCAUUCAUGCAGAUUUGAGGACGUGUUCUGGAUUCAGCCAUGGAUUUAUUUCGUCACGUACAGUCUUUAAUUCACUCAUCACUUUAACUUGUGCACUUUUUAGUCUCUGUGUUUAUAGAGUUCCGGCACCAGUGCACUGUUUUUGAAACGAUGGAGGUUGGGUCACGUCGUAGGAAUGUUGACUUCAGUUUCCUACGGACCACACUGGGUGUCUCACUAUUGUACUUUUUUUUUUUUUUUUUUUUACUGUUGAAGUAUAUGUGGUCAGUGUGAACUGACUUUGUGAACCAUCUGUUUUUAACUCGAUGACUUUACAGCAUUAAAAAAACAUUUAGGAAUAUAUCUGCGUCUUCUCGCAAUGUGUUUAAAUACACAAUACUUCACAGGUAUUCAGGUCCUUCAGCCAGGGAAGGUAAGAUAAGUUCUUCGAAAUAAAUAUACAGAACAGCAACGUUUGUUUUUUUACAUUAAAUUGUUUAUUCUCUGUUACAUGAAAAUAUCACAAUGUUUUGCAGGAUACACAUUGCAUGCUUUUAAACACACUGCCUUAAUAAUUCGUACUUUCACCCACCAAAUGCCCAGUUAAAACCACCACACCAAGUAGGCUAGGCUUCUCCCAUGAGACACUCACACUGACACGACAUUAAAUUAGGUCCAACACAUUCACAUCAGGUUCAAACCUCUCUGCCUCUUUCGACUGAUGCCAUUCAUUUGAACGGUG